AUGACCAUUAAGUUCCACUUCCCCCAGAAUGUCAGCUCAGAUUGCUACCGGCUAUUCCCAACCUGUGGUGGGAUAUUAACUCAAGUGGGCAAUGUUUUCAAAAGACUUUGGCCAGGCACCUCAUCAAAGAACGAUGGUCAGAACACAGGAACAAUGACAGAAAAGCAAAGUGGGAUUGAAAGCAGAACUUCAAUGGAAUGUGAAGCUGCUGAAGAGGAACGGGAACAAUGUCAGUCCCGAGAAAGAGGAAUAGGAGACGUGGUUCACGCCCCUGGAACUGAAUCAAGUGACGAAAUCCAUCAUGACCGAGAUUCAUCAAACAAGGAUUCAUCGAGUCCCAUCCAAGGAGCAGGUCCUGAUCCACAAGAAUACAUGAACAUCAUCGGAGGUUUAACUGAAUUACCCUCUCAUAUGGAAGGUGCUUCCACAAAUAUCCGUUUGGGAGAAGUUAUCUAUCUCAGCCCCGGGUUUGUAUCAGUUUGUUUCUUACUCUGUCUGUUUGUGUUUAGACUGGGAGUCAACAAAGACCUGGGAGAUUCCGGAGUGAAACUGGUGUCUGAUGCUCUGAGGAACCCGGACUGUAAAAUACAGACACUGUGGCUGGACAGUGUCGGUCUCACAGAUUCUGGAGCCAAGGAUCUCGUCUCCGCUCUCAGUACAAACCAUACGGUGACGGAGCUGAACCUGAGUGGGAAUAAACUGGGAGAUUCCGGAGUGAAACUGGUGUCUGAUGCUCUGAGGAACCCGGACUGUAAAAUACAGAUACUGGGGCUGGACAGUGUCGGUCUCACAGAUUCUGGAGCCGAGGAUCUCGUAUCCGCUCUCAGUACAAACCAUACGGUGACGGAUCUGGUCCUGAGUGGGAAUAAACUGGGAGAUUCCGGAGUGAAACUGGUGUCUGAUGCUCUGAGGAACCCGGACUGUAAAAUACAGACACUGUGGCUGGACAGUGUCGGUCUCACAGAUUCUGGAGCCAAGGAUCUCGCCUCCGCUCUCAUUACAAACCAUACGGUGACGGAGCUGUACCUGAGUGGGAAUAAACUGGGAGAUUCCGGAGUGAAACUGGUGUCUGAUGCUCUGAGGAACCCGGACUGUAAAAUACAGAGACUGGGGCUGUACAGUGUCGGUCUCACAGAUUCUGGAGCCGAGGAUCUCGUCUCCGCUCUCAGUACAAACACCUCACUGACGGAGCUGGACCUGACGGACAACUCCCUCACAGACCGAUGUGUCCCCGCUCUCCGCCGCCUCAUACUGACCCUCCCGAGUCUGGAGCGGAUCUGGCUGGAGGGGAAUAAGUUCAGUGCAGACGGACAGAACCAGCUGCAGAGUCUGCGGGGAACCAGACGCGGACUGAGUGUGGACGUGUGAACAUGUCUGGGUGUAAACGUCACCGCCCUGGGGACUGGAAUAUUGUUGGCCGAUUCCCUGCCCCUCCCCUUUAAACAGCCGCCCAUCCUCCCCUUUAAACCCCGACGCUUCCCGGGCCGGCCGGGCGGUGACGUCAGAGGCGACCCUGCCCGCUGUCACGUGACCCGGGUACGUGGCGCUGCUGAUGCUGCCCCCAGUGGGGGACGGGGGCAUUGCAGCCGGACCUGCAGGAUCCCAGAUGUGACUUUAUCAUCAGUGGCCCCCGCUCCUGCUGUGGAUUAAUGGUGGUGGCGGCAGCAGCAGCAG